AUGGCCGACACAAACAGAGAUUCAGGCAACCCUGCCACCCGCAGCGCUGCGAAGGCGAGGUCAACCGCCGCACAUAUCGUGUCCCCUCCUGGUUCCAGAACACCCCCGAGCAUGCCAGCAAAGACGACAUUGUUCUUUCCCGACUCAAUGGCAGGCCGACAAAGCAGUCGAAUUCCUUCCGAGCCGAUUGAUCCCAAUGCGCUCACCAAGGCGCUGAAAGACUAUGAAGACGCAGGGCGCUCUCGCGAAAGGACGCCAGGUACUAGUCCGAGUCGGAAACGGCAAAGGGUUUAUGGUGACAGGUUUAUUCCAAAUCGAGAAGGUCAAGACCUCCAAGCAACUUACAGUCUGCUGCACGAGGAUGGCUGCCCUUCAACGCCAUCAAAGAUCAAAAAGCGACCCCCUCACUCGGAACUACAUUUCCAAAAGACGGAAGAAGCAAACAGGAUGUACUCGCGAGUUUUGCGCAGCGAGCUCUUCGGAAGUACAGUUCCUCAGGCCGACCUAGAUUCGCUUUCUCCCGACCCUCUACGCGGACUUACGGCCGGAAUCAACGACAAAACUCGUUCUCACACUCCACCUGCACAUGUAGUAUCUGCCUUACCACCAGCUAGCAUCACCCCGUCAACUCCUCACAAGAAUCUCUUCAAUUACGCCUCACCCCGCGCCGGCUCAAGCCAUCCUACACCAUCCAAAACACCCCGCAGCCAUGGCCCCAAUCUCAACGUCCGCUCAGAACUCUACAGCCUUUCUCCCAUCCGUUACGACAGCCAGCGAAUACUUGAGACGCCUCGCAAACAGCCACGCUAUGUGAACAAAGUACCGUACAAAGUGCUCGAUGCGCCCGACUUACAGGACGAUUUCUAUCUUAAUUUAGUCGACUGGGGGAGCAGUAAUGUAUUGGGAGUUGGCCUGGGGAACUCUGUUUACAUGUGGAAUUCGCAAACCGGCAGAGUGACGAAGCUCUGUGAGCUCAAAGAUGACACUGUCACGAGCGUCAGCUGGAUUCAAAGGGGCACGCAUCUUUCUAUUGGUACCGGGAAGGGUCUUGUGCAAAUUUGGGAUGCAGAGCGCUGUCGGCGCUUACGAACGAUGAUCGGGCAUACCAAUCGUGUUGGUGCACUGGCUUGGAACGACCAUAUUCUCACUUCUGGCUCUCGAGACCGGCUCAUAUAUCACCGUGACGUUCGGUCUCCUGAUCAGUUUCUCCGUCGACUUUCCGGGCAUAAACAGGAAGUUUGCGGUCUCAGGUGGAACACAGAAGACGGGCAGCUCGCAUCUGGUGGCAACGACAACAAGCUCAUGGUGUGGGACAAGCUGAAUGAGACGCCACUAUAUCGCUUCUCUGACCAUACUGCGGCCGUCAAGGCGAUCACAUGGUCCCCUCACCAACACCACCUCCUCGCCUCCGGAGGAGGUACAGCCGAUAGAACAAUAAAGUUCUGGAACACAGCGACCGGGUCUCUCAUUAAAGAAGUUGAUACAGGCAGCCAAGUCUGUAACUUGGCGUGGUCGAAAAAUUCCGAUGAAAUCAUCAGUACCCACGGUUACAGUCAGAAUCAGAUUGUCGUCUGGAAGUAUCCUCGCAUGGAGCAGAUUGUAUCCCUCACAGGCCAUACUUUCCGUGUGCUUUAUCUCGCGAUGAGCCCAGACGGACAAACCGUGGUCACGGGUGCUGGAGAUGAGACCCUGAGGUUCUGGAAAAUCUUCAACAGGCGGCCUGGCAGAGAGCACGGACGUGAAGGUAGCAGGCUGUCGGAAUGGGGUACGAUUCGGUAA